UGACUGUGUGUGUGUGUGUGUGUGUGUGUGCGUGUUGCUGUGGUUUGUGGAGCGGCUCGGCUGCAUUCCUCCUCUGUCCGGAGACCGAUAGAGAGAAAGAAGAAGAGGAGGAGAGAAAAGAAGAAGAAGAAGUAGAAGAAGAAGAAGAAGAAGAGGAAGAGGUUAUUGUUGUUCAGCACCGUGUUGGCUGUUUAAACCAGGUCUCCUCCCCCCGGACACAGACACCGAACCAGGCCCCGAGAGAAAAAUCUAAAAUAAGAAGUGAAGCUCGAGACUGUGGAGCUGCGAAAACCAGGAGUUGUUUUUUUUUUUAUUCGUUAUUCUUCUGUGAACAGAAAGACGCGUGUUGGCUCUUUUUGAAUCCUCGGACUUCUCAGACACACUCUGAGAGUGUCCGGUUUCCUGCUCGGCCUUGAGGUCUGGGAGAAGAGGGGAACAGUUAGUGUAUGCCUGCCUGCACCAUGAUGGCCUCUGACAUGGCUGAGACGUGGAGGAACUGUUUUGAGGAGGAGCUCAUCUGCCCCAUCUGCCUGCACGUGUUCGCAGAUCCCAUCCAGCUGCCCUGUAAGCACAACUUCUGCCGGGGCUGCAUCAGCGAGGCCUGGGCCAAAGAGUCCUCGCUGGCCCGCUGCCCCGAGUGCAAUCAUGCUUAUACGCAGAAGCCCAGCCUGGAGAAGAACCACAAACUGUCCAACAUAGUCGAGAAGUACAACGCCCUGAGCGUGGAGAAGGCCACCACGCCGGCGCUGCAGUGCAUCCUGUGCCGCCGAGGCCCACCGCUCCCGGCAGUGAAAGUCUGCCUGCGCUGCAACGCCCCGUGCUGCCAGUCCCACGUCCAGACACACCUGCAGCAGCCGUGCUCAGCCCUGGGGCACCUGUUGGUGGAGGCGGAGGCGGUGAAGGCCUGGACUUGCCCGCAGCACGACGAGUACAGGUUGUACCACUGCGAGGCCGAGCAGACGGCGGUGUGUCAGUACUGCUGCUUCGCCCGCUGCAACCCUAGCCACAGCCACGCCGUCACUGACGUGGAGCUGAGACGCAACGACAUCCGACAAACCCUGUUAAGACAGCAGGAGCGUGUGGAGGAACGAGUGCAGGAGAUCGAAGAGCAGCUUUGUAAACUCGACUCAGACAAGUGUGUGGUGGAGGACAGGGUGUGUGAGCUGAAAGAGGAGGUGCGCCUGCAGUACCAGCGGAUGCACCAGAUCCUGGAGGAGGAUCUCGGUCGGACACUGGAGGCUCUGGACCGGGCUCAGGCUCGGUUCUGUCAGGAGAACUCUGCCCAGGUUCUGGCUCUGGGGGAACAGCGCCACGAGGCCCAGAAGCUGCUGAGCUCCAUCCACACGGCCUUCGGCAAAGCAGAGGAGCUGAGCUUCAUGAAAAACACCAAACCGGUUAAAAUCCUCACAGACAGGUCUCAGGCAUGUAUGGGCAGCAGUCUCCCUCCUUACAAAGUUGGGAAUCUAAACUCCAAACUAUUCCUUUCUGAAAUCUCGAAAAGAGAGAAGAGCUUGAAGAGAACAAUGGAAGCUCCCCUCACCCCUCCCUCGACCUUCCUGCAGUCCGUUCCUGCCUAUCCCAGCGGUCAGAGCUCUGGCUCUGGAGCGGAGAAACGGAAACAUUCCACUGCCUUUCCAGAGGGGAACGGGAGCGUAGGAAAAACCGCCGCUCCAGGUUUCAAGGACUCCUCCUCUUCCUCCUCUUCUUCCUCAUCGCUCGCCAAGCAGCCCUACCUGGGCUCCAGCUCUGCUUCUGGAGAGGGCCAGUCCACCAAUCAGCAGCCGCUCGGCCCCUGCGGCCCGCCUCACAUCAGUGAGAGCGGCGGGACAGGGAGCGGAAGUGGCUCGCUGACUAACCAUCACUCGGGCACCGUGUUUGGCUCCUCGCACUUUGCUCCCGGAGGCAGCAGCUCCUCCCACUCCUCCCAGCAGGCCGUGCUGCCGCAGUACGGCGGCCGCAAGAUCCUGGUGUGUACGAUGGAUAACUGCUACUGCUCCGGAGUGCCCUCGGUGUCGGGUCACCGUAGCCACCCCCCAUACCCGCGCUCGGGCUCCUUCCCCUGGGUCAGCGCCCAAGACUACCCCCCUCCACCUGGCCUGGCGUCUGGAGGUCCGUCCAUGCAGGGAUUGGCAGUGAGGGACUGGAUUGACGCCUCACAGACACACAGACACGCAGAUUUCUACGGGCUGUAUGGGCAGCCCUCUACAAAGCACUACGUCACCAGCUAACAAGAGUACACACACACACACACACACACACACACACACACACACACACACACACACACACACACACACACACACACACACACACACACACACACACACACACACACAUAUAGAGACAGGCACCAAUAUAGCACACCGUUACCGACUUACUAACUGGAAAAAAAUCUUAAUGCAGUUAUACUAUACACACAUUAAAAUAAAUUAAUGUUUAUAUCCACACACAGAUCUAGAGCAUGUACACACAUUCGGGGGCAGGGUCGAUCUCUACGUGUUUUUAUUUUUCUUCCUCUCUUUACUUUCGGUCAGUGUUUCAUGUAGUGUAUUAUACGUAAAAUGCAUAAACAGCCAACCCGCUCACUCUGGCACAACUCAGCUCAGCAUUUUACGCUCGGAACGAGAGAAGCCGAAGAGCCGAGGAUGAGAUGCAUCCUUUUUAUUUAUAGAGCAGGAGAUGGGUUGAUAUAAAAUGAACUUUGAAUAGAAAGUCUUCUCACACCUUCAUGGCUUCUCGCUGAGGCUAAAGGGAAAACAAAACGCCGUUGAGCUUUCCAAUCCAGCGUCUCAUGUUUUUCUGAUAUAAUCACCCCUCCAGUUAUACUGAGGUCAGUUGCCUUAUGUUAUUAGCGUCAUAUUUUUCUCUGCCCAGCUGACUUUGUUUGAUUGAUCCUUUAAACGAGGGACCGCGGCUCCUUCGUUUCUCUAUUUUCUUAAAUCAUCGUGGCAUUUCUUCCUUUCUUUGCUGAGUUCAGGGAUGGAUUGUACGGCUUGAACACAAAAACGCUCUUCCAUGGAACACCCACAAUGCACUUGUGGACGCCUUGUUAUGCCUGGACUACAGACGCUGACCCACAGAGGGACAGUAGAGCUGCAUCUGAAGGGCCGGGUGUCCCCUCCGAGUUUCAGCCCUUAUCCUUAGCACUCCCUUCCUGCUGCCAGGCUUCCCACAGGACAGAAAAUCUUCUGACAAAGACUGUUUCCGUCUAGUAAUUACUAUGACUUUGUCUUAUUUGGUACAACCGUAGGCGUAACGCUUGUCCAGAGAGACUCUGAUUUUAGAGCCAAAAGGCAAGAAUGGACAGACCAAACCAAUCAAGCAUCUGGAGGAUCUGAUGAUGCUGUAAUUGUACUUCCUGCAGGGCAAAGAUGUCACUUCCUCUCAAUAAGCACACGAGCUCUUGGCUUCCUGUUUGCAGCUGAAAGCAUGCAAGGAAGAGUUUUUUUUAAAGCACUCAAAAAAGAAGAACAAUGGUUGGAGAAAAUAACUGUGUGUGUGAAAGAGAAAAAAAAAUGGUGGGAGGAAUUUUUUUCAUGGAACUUUUUCUAAAAAGAACAAGACUGGACUGCGAGAUGUAAGCAACGGUUCAUCAUCCUAAAAAUGAGCUGUUACGACAGUCGACAUAAAAAAACAACAACAUAAAAGUAUCUUUUUUUGUAAAUAUUUUGUGAAAUGGAAAAAUUACAGACGUGAUUUGGAGAAGGGUUCCAAAUAAACAAAUUUAAACUGG